UAAGAAGAGUAGUGGGAAUAGCAGAUUUGAGAAAGGUGUGAAUGGAAGACGCUCAACCAAACAUAAAGAGGGUCCAGUGGCUGCUGACACUGACAGGACCCACCUGAACAGAGAGGAGACAGACAUGGACAGAGCCUUGAACUCAAAUGCUGUGAUGGAUACCAAGGCAGUGUUUGCGGCUCUUUACAGCGUGUGUGAAGAGAAUGCCGCGUUCUUCUCAGGAGGGGCCAAGCCAUCACAGGGUGAUGCGGCCAGGCGACUGGUGGAAACCAUGAACCUCAUCCAGGAGCACGCUCACAGUCUGGAGCCUGUGGUCUCUGGCUUUGCUGCAGUAUACCAUCAUUUUGACUUUGAUCCACACAUACCUGCUAAUGGUUAUCGCUCUUUGGUAAAGGUGGUGCGUUGCUGCCUUCUCCACAUCAUCCACAAGGGGCGCUACAUCACCGCCAACAGACGCAGCAUCUUCUUCCGAGUAGCUCACAAUGCGGGAGAGAUGGAGGCCUACUGCAACGCCCUGUGCCAGUUGCGCGCCCUGCUCUACCUGGCCCAGCGCAUGCUACAUGACAACAGCCACGGCAACCUCUUCUUCCAGGAUGAAAGUGGCCUCAGCGAGAGCUUUGUCCGCGAAUACUCGUCAAUGCACAAGGGGUGCUUCUAUGGCCGUUGCCUGGGAUUUCAGUUCACUCCAGCCAUCCGGCCCUGUCUCCAAACCAUUGCUAUCGGCCUCGUGGCCUUUGGAGAAAACUACAGACGCCAUCAGUCAGGAAUAGGUGUAGCAGCCAGCUCUUUCUUUACCUCAGGGAAGUACGCCAUCGACCCAGAGUUGAGAGGGGCAGAAUUUGAACGCAUUACUCAGAAUCUGGACGUCCAUUUCUGGAAGACGUUCUGGAACAUCACUGAGACCGAGGUGCUGUCGAGUCUCGCCAGUAUGACCUCUACUCAAGUGAAGGUGAACCGCGCUCUUUCUGUGCCUCCUGUGCCCUUUGAUCUUCCCCUGGCGGCCGACCACAGAGCAUCUGUAACCAUAGCUCCACCAUCAGCACACAUCGGCACUGCUCCUGUUCAGAUGAGGCUCAUCUCUUAUGACUUACGUGAAGGACAGGACAGUGAGACUCUGUUAUCUAUGUCCCGCUCUGAGGGGGGCGCCAUCUCACUAUCACUGGGACUGAAGACCAAACGCCUCCCUUCGUCUCCCUGCCUCCUGGUCCACUUCCAUGGGGGAGGCUUUGUGGCCCAGACCUCUAAGUCUCAUGAGCCCUAUCUGAAGAGUUGGUCCCAGGACCUUGGGGUCCCCAUCCUGUCAGUGGACUACUCUUUGGCCCCUGAGGCCCCCUUUCCCAGGGCUCUGGAGGAGUGUUUCUAUGCCUACUGCUGGGCUCUGAGGAACCACCACCUACUAGGCUGGACAGGAGAGAAAGUGUGCUUGGCCGGUGACAGUGCGGGAGGCAACUUGUGUUUGACAACGUCAAUGCGUGCUGCUGCCUUUGGUGUGCGAAUGCCAGAUGGCAUCGUGGCAGCCUACCCGGCUACCCUGCUGACUGCCUACGCAUCACCCUCCCGUCUGCUAACACUUAUGGAUCCCCUGCUGCCACUCAGUGUGCUCUCCAGGUGUCUUAGCGCCUACGCAGGCAAUGAGCCACAGGCAGAGAAGCAGGUAGAGAAAGUGAGUACACUGAGCUUGGUGAGGAGAGACACAGCUCUGAUGCUCCGAGAUUUCCGACAGGGAGCCUCCAACUGGAUCCAUUCUCUGCUCGAUUCCAGCAGAGCCUCAGCCUCCCCCAGCACAGAUGCAGAGGCGCCACCAGGAGCCACUGACACAGUAAGGAAGAGCAUAUCAGAGGCGUCCAUUUCUUCUCGUCACGCAGAUCCCCCUGUACCAUCAGAAGCCUCUCAGUUCCCCGCUAGGAAAUUAUCUGUGAAGAGCCAGACUUGCCAGGACUUGGGGUCCCACAAAUCCACCUCCAACAGUGCACCCCUUCUCUCUGAGCGCACUCCAGAAGAUGUAAAUUUCUUCCUUUCCAAGGAAGCAGAUUCCUCCAUAUCCAGUGACCUGUCAUCACUGGCCAUACCACCCCCUGUUAGUGAGGAGGGAUCAGAGUCGGAGUACCCCAGGGAGUUUCCCCUGGGAUUCGAACCACUACGCUCAGAGCAGCUGGCUGAAAUGAGGGUGGACACCUCUCCAGUGGUCAAGGAUCCGUUCUGCUCCCCUCUGCUGGCCCCUGAUAGCAUGCUCAAAGGACUGCCACCUUUACAUAUAGUGGCUUGUGCAUUAGACCCCAUGCUGGAUGACUCUGUGAUGUUUGCCAAGCGUUUGAGGAACAUAGACCAGCCUGUCACUCUGUGCAUAGUGGAUGACCUCCCCCAUGGCUUCCUCAGCCUAUCGCAGCUCUCCAAGGAGACGAGGGAGGCUGCUAAUGUCUGCGUGGAGCGAAUUCGUGUUGUCUUUACCCAGGAGGAGACACCCCCUGAACCACGCAAGCACCGCAAGCUGGAACGGACCGAUAGGGGUGUGUCGGCCUCUUCUGGAGAAGCCGGUUCUCUCUUUGUCGGCCCCAUAGAGGAAAGCGAGCUAGCUGUUGGGAAAGGGGCUAAAAUUGCUGACGGGGAGGGCUUAGUUGCUGUGGCAGCCCAGAAUAACAGUGACGCUGGUGGAAUUGGGGCUUAAAUAAGGUUAGAUUAAAAAAGAGAGACUACAGUUCACCCGAUGAGUUAAGGGAGGAAGAGAGGAUGGCGGUCAGACAAAUUUAGGUAAUCCAGUGCCUAAAAGGGGGAGAGAGGAAAGCAUCCAGAAAAAUGGUAAAGAUGGGUGUGUGGGUGUGUGAGUAUGGGAAGGGGUGAUGGGCAGUCUAGGAGAUUGCUCAUUUUCUGAGAGACAGAAAAAUAGUAAAGCAGCACUGAAAUAGAGCUUCCUCUGCUUCACAAUCCAUGCUGUUUGUCUGUGCGCCAUCAGCAUGCACUGACACAAAUCUGGCAGACAAAACGAGCACACCCACAAAAGACAGCCAUGUUUUAGAAUAAAAUGGUAAUUUACUGUAGCAACUACUUAGAUCAAAAACCAGCUCUCACCCACACAUGCAGCACACAUACUUAACACUGUUGCUGUUAGGCAGCAGAAUCUCGGACACGAGGCAGCGCAGACGGUUCUUGAGACAAACCUGAAUGGGUAAUUCAUCCAGGCCAAGGCAGUCAUUGAGGCUCUAAUCAGAUAGGGGAAGGCACACUAUAUGCUUCUGUAUAGAGUCAUCCACAUCAAAAUGGCUACUUGUCCUUUAGGGAGCCACUCUAAAUCACACUUAAUAACUCCACAUUGUGUUCUCCAUUACACCAGUUUGGCAGUCAAUACAGCUCACUUUGUGGAUAGUACGUCUGUUGACUGUCUCCCAAACAGAUUUACUGAGCUCAAACACAACAGAGCGAAAGGCUCUAAACUGGAUGAAUUGAUUUACUCGCUCCUUGAGAUUCUGUUGCAGUUUUUAAUCAUAAUAUUAAUCCUUGCAGUACUAUUAUUUUUGUUAUUUAUAUCAGUUAUCUAUUAGGGGUGGAACGGUUCACAAAAUCCACGGUUCGGUUCAUAUCACGGUUUUGG